AUGAAGUCCGCUGUCUUCUUCAUCCUUCCUCUGCUCCUCAUUCUGGAGAAGCAAGCAUCCGGGAUUGGAAUCUAUGGUGAGUCGAAGGGCCACUUUCCAGUUAAAUCAUCCCAAUUUCUAUUUGGUCAAAAAGGCAGUUUCCAGUAUGGGAGGAAAGGAGCACGUGAUGAUGAACCUGAGGAAAAUAUUUUUAUGCAAACUAAACACCAUGGCCAUGGCCAAGAUGCUGACAUGGAACAGACACAAAUUUCACGGGAACAUAUGGGUCUGAAAGAAGACGCUCUUUGUGAUGAAACAGAAAUGGCCCAAGUAAAAUCCUACAUCCAACUAAACUCCCAGGAAUCCCAACUAAAAUCCCAAGGAGGAGGUCAACUAACAUCCCCUUUUGCCCAAAUAAAAUCCCAACGAGGCCAACUUAAAUCCCAACAAGGCCAACUAAAAUCCCAAGGUCAACUAAAAUCCCAAUUCCAACUAAAUUCCCAAUUAGCCCAAAUAAAAUCCCAACAAGGCCAACUUAAAUCUCAAGUCCAACUAAAAUCCCCAUUAACUGAACUAAAAUCCCAACAAGCUUUUUCUCAGCAAACUAAGCAUAAAGGAUAUGCCAUGAAUGAACAUCUGUCACAACUUCGUCACCAACAUGAAGAUGCACAGCAAAUAAAAAGAAGCCUUGGUCAAUCCACAGAAACAGCAGAAUUCUUACCACCAUUUGGACACCAACACUCACAAUCCUAUGAGGGAUAUCUUGUGCAAUAUCAACAACAACUACGGAACCAUGCUCAUCAAACAAAAUCUCUCAAUCAAGACCAAGGGGAAUGUCACUGUUCACGUGGUGGAGCAAUUGUGUAUCAACAGAGAUUUAAAGUAUAA